UAACAAAUACUAUUAGUUGGACUAAUAUAAGGAAUUAUUGCAUUUAUCUUUAACUAUAUAAAAUAUAAGUCUACAUAGUUCUAAUUAAUAAAACACUUGAUUAUCUUAUUUGUACAUCAGUGCAAAGGCAUUCAGACGCACUGAAUGUGAACAAGGUCUUACUCAUAAAGGAGCGCAUAAUAUAUAUAUAAGACGAAAUAGUGGGGAAAACCACACGUUUGUUCCGAAUGUGGAAAACGUUUUAUGCUAGCAUAUCAGCUACGUUCCCACAGUAAAAUGCAUGUACGUCCUUUCGCUUGUGCUCAGUGUGAAGAGACAUUCACAACUAAUAAGAAGCUUGAACAACAUGUCAGAAUUCAUUUGUCUGAAAGCAAGUGGGAAAAUGAGGCUCGAGAACAAAGAUUCAAAUGCACAGAAUGCAAAGCGGUUUAUGCAACAGAAGAAGAACUUAAAACACAUUAUGAUACAGAAGUCCAUAUACAUAAAUACACCAAAAACAGCUCCAAAAAUGUGAAAGAAAAACAAAGAAACUGUACGCUUUGUAACAAAGAAUUUAAUUCAGUGAAAGCUUUAAAUUCUCACCUACUUAAGAUACAUAGAGAGCAUCCACAGAAUUUCCUCAGUGCUAAAUGUACCCAAAAUUUAAAACCAAAUAAUGUCGCCACGUCAUCAGAAAAAAAUUACAGAAGUGAUAAUUCCAACGAAAACCCUACUGAAAAUAUUACUCCAACUGAUAACAAUGUCUUGUUACCACUAAAAUAUGAAGAACUUGCGUCAAUGGUAAAUGGAGUUAUUAAACAAGAAUGUAUAGUAGAUGAAAGAACUGAAACAACCACAGAAAAAUUAUUAUUCAAUAACGAAAAGAAAAGUGAAAGGAUACAGCCAACACAUAUGAGUAAUAAUGAACAAAUAUCCAUCAAUAAUGAAGUUAUUAUGCAACAAUUUAUAAAACAAGAAGUACCCGAUGCAUCUGCAGAAAAUUUACUAUUAGAAAGCGAAAUGUACAAUAAUAUGACAAUAGAAAAUGAAACUAUAAAAACUGAAACAGGAUCUGCUGUUACUGAAACUCCAAACGGUACAAUUAUAAACGAUCGAAUACCUCUCGAAUAUGGCGGAGUUUCACAAAAAGUAAUAGAAGAUGAAGAAACUGAAACAGUUACUGAGCAAUUAAUUAUGGAAAACGAAUCAACUGUGUUCAAUGUUCAUAAAAGUAAAAACACAAAUGAGCCAUAUAUCAAUUGCGACUCUUUUAAAAAGAAAUUGCUGAAAUUGGGUGUACAGAAUGACCUUAAUCGUUCUUACAACAGUGAAAACCCAUACUCCUGUGCUAAAUGCAAUAAAAGUUUCUCUCUCAAAAGGUCACUGAAUUAUCAUAUAAGUGUAACAAAAUUUUUGCUUCUAAGAAAGGACUCAAUAUUCAUAUGAGACAACAUACUGGCGAAAGACCUUACAAAUGCACUGAGUGUAAUAAAGGUUUUACUGUUAAGAGCUCACUUAUUCUUCAUAUGAACCAGCAUACUGGUGAAAAACCAUGCAUAUGUACUGAA